AUGGCGGCGAAACAGGUCCUGAUCGAUGGUCUGCACAGGAAAAUAGGAACGGGAGCAGAGACAAAAGCAUGGAAAGAUGUGUGGCUUCCUACUAAUCCGCCUAGACCUGCGAUUCCUCGAGAUGAAAAUACCGAAACCGGACUAAUGGUUCAUCAUCUCAUCGACUUUGAAAGGAAGGAAUGGAAUGUUAACUUAGUGCAACAACUAGUGGCAGAUGUUGAUGUUCCGCGAGUCCUAUCUCUUAAAAUAAGUCGUACUGGUCGCCAAGAUACCUAUACAUGGAGCCACACAAACUCGGGGAACUAUACGGUUCGCUCAGGCCACGCGGUUGCUGUGAAACAGAGGAAGCAAGACGAGACCGCUGCUAUUUUGGAGCCAAUGUCGGGCUUUGUGGCCUCUGCGAGUAAGCUAAAAGAAAGGCAUUAUGGUAACGAUGCGGCGCGCAACGAGAAGUGCUUCAACGCAAAGGACGUAACGCCUCUUGACACGCUCCAGCUAGCUACUAGUGAGGCGGAAUCGUGGCGCAUAGCUCAGAUCGUCGAGACCAAUGCGGAAGGAGGCAAGCCGGCGGAAGACACAAGACAAGUCAUCGACCAUCGUGACACCGACUGCAAAUGGAUAUGCCAGGUAGACGCCUCUUGGAAGGAUAAAAACAAAGGAACAGAGCUCGGCUUUAUCCUCUUUGAAGACCGACGUGUGAGGCUACUUGGCAUUAAGCACUAUGACAAGGUAGCCUCGCCACUCCAUGCUGAAGCUGAAGCUCUAAGUUGGGCUCUGAAAGAGACGAAGAAGAUAGGGGCUAGCGAGGUGAUUGUUGAAUUAGAUUGCCAGCAACUUGUUCGACUCAUAAAUAAGCCGCAGGAAUGA